AUGAAGAACAAAGGAAGCAAACUUGGAGGAGGAAAUUGGAUGAUUUUAGGGCUGCCAUCCAUUUUCUUGCUAUGCAUGUUCUUUUUUCUUGCCGGGUUCUUUGGUUCUAGUCUCUUCUCUCAGCAGGAAGUGUCAAAUACUUCUUUAAGGCCUUGGCCUCGGGGACUGCCGGAAGAGAAGACGAAGAAGAAAGAAUUUGAUGCUCUGCCACGGGGAAAGACUGGAGAGGAUUCUCUCACUUCGAUCCCUUUUCAGAUUUUGAGCUGGAAUCCACGGGCAUUAUACUUUCCAAAUUUUGCUAGUGCAAAAGAAUGCAAAAGUGUAAUCGAAAUUGCAAAGACACGGCUUGAACCAUCUUCCUUAGCACUACGCGAGGGAGAAACAGCUGAAAAUACCAAAGGUAUUAGGACAAGUUCUGGCAUGUUUAUAAGUGCAUCGGAAGACAAAACAGGAAUCCUGUAUCAAAUUGAGGAAAAAAUUGCAAAAGCAACAAUGAUCCACAGAACCCAUGGAGAGGCCUUCAAUGUCUUGCGUUAUGAGAUUGGUCAGAGAUAUCAUUCUCAUUAUGAUGCUUUCAAUCCUGCUGAAUACGGUCCACAGAAGAGCCAAAGGAUUGCUUCUUUCUUGUUGUAUUUGUCUGAUGUUGAAGAAGGGGGCGAAACCAUGUUCCCUUUGGAGAACGGGCUAAACAUGGACGCCACUUAUGAUUAUCGUAAAUGUAUGGGUAUGAAGGUAAAGCCGCGCCAAGGAGACGGACUUUUGUUCUACUCGCUAUUCCCGAAUGGUACUAUUGACCCGACAUCUCUUCAUGGGAGCUGCCCAGUGAUCAAGGGGGAAAAAUGGGUAGCCACAAAGUGGAUCAGGGAUCAAGAUCAGGAAGAAGACUAA